UAAUACCGGUUUCGUCUCCCUGGCGAGCGGUGGCGCUAGCUCUGCGAGCAGUUGUAUUUUGGGAAUCGUCCGUGGUCGUUCGUCGCGAAGAAGUGGGCGUUGGUGCUGCGAUUCCCUUCGUCCUGACUCAAAACUCGGUUAGAAAAAAAGAAAGAAAGAAGAGGCCCCUCUUGGUCUACUCGUUGACGAAACUCGACGGUACGGAGCAAAGCGGUCGGUGCAAAGACGAUUGGUUCUAGCGCCGCGCACGACUGGAUCGUCACGUUCCACAACAUCGAACGCAGGAACGCCGCUGCAGCAGCUGUAGAUGUCUGAGGAACGGCUUAACGCUGUCCUCACGCGAUUGUCUGGGCUAAAAGUUGCUCGGGAUCAUCUCGGCAGUGUGACGACCAUGUCGGUUCCGGACCUGGCUGCCUUGGUGGAGCGGCUGGAGCAGGUGGCCUUCCGGCUGGAGCACUGCGAGGGCGGCCAGCUGGGCAGGGGAGGUGGCGGUUCCCCCGCAGCGCGCAUGCUCAUGCGUGGCACCUCGGUCGAGCUGGUGUCUGCCUCGGUGCAGGGCUUUGAGGCCCUGCUCAAGGGGCCCUUUCAGGCAUACCUGGCCCUCAGCAGGACCAUCGGGGCAGAGGUGCACACCCAUGCGACUAUGGUAGAGAAGGCACUGCAGCUUCAGAGGCAGUUUUUGGGAGUCGUGGCGAAGGCACGCCAGCCUGACAAGCAUGGCUUGAUUUCGUUGCUGAAGCCAACGUCCGACGAGAUUCAAGCCAUUCAGACUUACCGCGAGAAGAACCGCACAAGCAAGUUCUUCAAUCAUCUGUCUGCCAUCAGCGAGUCUAUCCCAGCCCUGGGAUGGGUGACUAUCUCUCCAGCCCCUGCGCCCUUUGUGAAGGAGAUGAGCGACGCCUGCCAGUUUUAUACCAACAGGAUUCUCAUGGACUACAAGGAAAAGGACAAGACCCACGUGGACUGGGCCCGCUCGUGGCUAACCGUGUUGUCGGAGCUGCAAGCCUUUGUCAAGGAGCACCACCUCACUGGCCUGGUGUGGAACCCCAAGGGCUGUGACGUGACUGCCGUAGCGGGGGCAGGGUCCCUGCCACCGUCGGUGGGUGGGGGCCCCCCUCCCCCUCCCCCUCCUCCCCCUGCGGACUUUGCCAACCAGGUGCCUCCCGAAGACCCCAGGGCCGCCCUCUUCAGGGACCUCAACAAGGGAGAGGGCAUCAGCAAGGGCCUGAAGAAAGUGAGUGCCGAGCAGAUGACCCACAAGAACCCGACACUGCGUUCCCAGGGGGCGGUGAAGCCGGGAGGGGCUCCUCAGCCCUUCAGGGCUGGGGGCCAUCCGGGUGGUGCCUCUCAGGAAGUCUUGAAGCCCCCCAAGCUGGAGCUCGAGGGAAAGAAGUGGUGUGUGGACUACCAGGUGAACAACGAGCAAAUUGUGCUGGACCAGACUCAGAUGAACCAGUCUGUCUGCAUCUACAAGUGCGUCAACUCUGUCAUCGUGGUCAAGGGCAAGGUUAACUCCAUCGUCAUUGACUCGUGCAAGAAGACCUCCGUUGUUUUUGAGGACAUUGUGUCCGUGGUGGAGUUUAUCAACUGCCAGAGCGUGAAGGCCCAGUCCCUGGGAAGGGUGCCCACCAUUGCGGUGGACAAGACAGACGGGGCCCACAUCUACCUUUCGGAGAAGUCGCUCGACGUCGAGGUGGUCACCUCCAAGUCAUCCGAGGUGAACGUCUCCGUCCCGGCGGGCAGCAACGGAGACUACCGGGAGAUUCCGGUUCCGGAACAGUACAAGUCGAUUUGGAACGGCAAGAGCCUGACGACGAGCGUCAUUGAGAAGGCGUAACUUCCGGAGAUGCCUUCUUUUUCUUUUUCUCUCGGCGUCCCAGAUCUACGCUCUUCCGCCUACGCGAUCCGGGCAUUUGGAAAAAAAGUGGUUUGUUCUGACGGCGAGACGCAGAGACCAUAACCCCAACCCCUCUUCGCGGAACGAGCCUGCCGUUUCGACCGACCGAGCCGCAAGGCGAUCUUUGCAUUGCGUACUACGAGCAAAGUUUUUACCGAACAGACCCGUCUUUCUCUAUUUAUAUAUGCAGGUCUCCCUUUUCUUUUCUUUUUUUUUACUUCCUCACCUUUAGACGAGGAUGGUAGAUUUUUUUUGCUGUCUGUUGUGCUAUUUUUUUUUUUUACUAGUCAAAAUGGUGGGAAAUGUCUGAAGCAGUACUUGGAUAACAUGUGGCUCUAAACCGAGGUGGAGAGAGAAAGAGCUCUUGAAGAGCUUGUGCGGAUGAUUUGUGUGGAUCUUUUGCGACGGAUUGCUCAAUAAAAUUUCGGAAGGGUGUUUACAAA